GAGAGCGAAAGAUCCUUUUUUCCUCUUAGCCCACUUGUCCAUGUGAACCGUAAAUAGGGCCGAUUGUGUUCCGUAAAAUCUGCAACUAAUCGUAUUAUCUCAACGUUCGCCUUUAUUGGGAUCUUUAUUUGUUAGAGGGUCGCCAGAGCCCCGGCCGAACUCCAAGCUCUUUCCCCGGGUCAACAUGGUCAAUGGGGGCUGGUCCGAUGUCCAGACCCUGCGCCUUUUGUUUCCCGGAGUUAUUUUACAACACUUGCGUCGUGUAUGAGGGCGUGAAAAACAAGUUGCCAUUAAGUGCACAAACAUUCUGAUUAAUCCAUUGCGUACCCACGGUUGUUUCAACACACACGCCGACCCGCAAAAGUGAAAGGAAAAUAAAGGGGAAGAGUUACAUAAAAGAUGAAAGGCUUUUAGGAUGGUCAUGUUGACAAAGCCUGUCGACUUUUAGAUGUGUGUUUAUCUGUUUUAAGAACUUUUAUUCUUCUCUGACCGGGGGUGCUCCAAAACGAGCUUCCGGAUGAGUGGCAGAGGGACUCGAUGCAAUGAUAUUUUUGGAGGAUGCAUUUGUCGAUGGGCUGACAACAUAAUAGGUGACGGCAUCUCGAAAAUCAAAUCGAGAGUCCUUAAUCGCUUAUGUACAUCUAUUUAAUGACGUCAUAGUCGGGAGCAGAAGAAGAUAUCCGAAAAAGAAAAAGGAAGGAGGAGGUAUAUUGUAGAAUCAGGAAUGUGGCUGAGUUGACCAGGGGUAAAGAAAAGUGAGGAUGUUUUCUGAUCUCUCCAUGGUUCCCGAUAUGUAAGUUGAAGUCCGCCCGGUCACUCGACGUCCAUCGGCUUCGCAGGGCGCACGUCUGCAACAGUCCACCGGCACCUUUUCUCAAGUGUUCAUGCAUAGUACUUGCCUGGUAUAUCACGACAGAUAUCUUCAUAUCGUGAUGCUUGCUUCAUAACACACAGGAGCUUCUUUUAUCUCAAGUAACACAAGUAUCACCUGACACCAACUCUCGACCACGUCGACAUCCAAGAGAGGACGAUAAGUGACCAACACCUUUGGGCGAGAAAGAGAAAAACCAUACUGAACAACAAUUUAAUUCAAGUUCUUAGAUUGCUUCCAACAACUGUACAUCAAGUAAAUGAUUUCUGGUUUUACUUUCCCCAUGCAUUUCUGACACAAUUACGAGGUUUCUACUUAGAUCGAUACAAUUAAAGGCGAAUCUACAAGUCAUGUACUAAAUCCAUUUUGGUUACACAACCACCGCAAUCAUAUCUGAUUGGAAUCGGUUUCAAGACGGGAUCUUCUAUAUUGGUAUUGAUUUUAUCUUUCCAAGUUGGUAUAUUUUUGGAGGACUUUAGUGCAACUGAGGAGGAAUAUGUUUAGCAGGAGUACCAGGGUGAUAACUUUGAGACUGUCACUUAGGAGAUAACGAUAACUCUUGUUAAUGAAACUGGACAAUGGACCCGUUCAGGGUACUUCUAUAUAUCCUCACCUUCCUAAUAUAUGUGAUAGGACCCAUCUCAUCGUAUCGCCUCUGUGGGCGGGAACUGGCUGAUGCUCUAGCGGUCGUGUGCAAAGGGCGUGGUUACUAUAUCGACGAUUCAGAAAUUGCACAAAAAGAUUCGCCGAUUGUACCGCGUCAUGUCGCUUCAAGUUUUUUGGGUUCAUCCAGCGCAUCGGCCCACAGUCGACAGCGACGACGGGUUCGGUCAGGGCAGAUCGUCAACGAAUGCUGCGAUAACGAGUGCUCAAACAACAUCAUGGAAAGUUAUUGUAACAAAAGAACACCUGAGGUGCCUUCCGAGAGCGCCAUUUCUGAAAUUCCUUCAGGAGACAGAACUGAAGACUCCACAGUGCGCACAAAUGACCAAUCGACGGAGAGGCGGACGGACGACACAGAUGACGCGACGAACCUCGAAGUGCCGAGCCCGGACGCGGACGCCCCCGACGCGACCGCGACGUCGGACGUUGAGCGACCGCUUCCAGAGGAAACAACCGCGGUCGAAAAGCCGAAGAAAAAAGACAAUGGUAGAGGCAAAAACUCCUCUUCAGAAUCAUCAACGAAAAAGAACAGGACUUCUAAAGGCAUGAGUAAAGAGGAGCGGCGGCGGAUUGCAAGUGAAGAAAGAAAAGCGAGUAGGGAAAGAAAGAAGGAACUCAGUCGGGAGAGGAGAAGGCGGUUGAAACUGCAGCAGAGGAAAGACAAAAAGAAGAAGAAGCGGUUGGAAUCCGCUGAAAGGAACAGGGGGACGGACCAUAUGGGGCUGAGCGAAGAUUCGACGCUAUUGGCCAGGGAACCCUUAGGUAUUGAUGUUAGAAAGCGCUUCCAUCACACGCCACGGUCAUCGAGAGAGCAAGCCUCAACCGCUACGCAUACGUCCGAUGACGACCCUGCAACGUCGCGGCAAGAGCGUCGCCGAACGCAGGCUCGCCUCAGCUCGCGGGAAAGAAAACUGCAUAGAACGACGACAGCAACGGCGAGGGAAGAAUCGCAGCGCGACAGAAGGAACGUUUUGCAACGCCUAACGGGAAUAUUUCUCUGAUGAAUAUUGUCGAUGCUGGUGGAGGCUUUGCGUGUUCUGCAGGACUAUGACAAUUCAUUUACAAAAGCGACGCUUGUUCAUGCAAUCUCAAGACACUGACAUCAUCAGAGAUAUCCACGAAGUGAGCUCGUGAAGCUCGUGCUGCAUUAUAAAUGAAACGGAUUUGUCACGAGGACGAAGAAGGCUCGUGCUUUAUAAGGUCGUGCUUCAGAUAAACGGAACAAACUCGUAUCAUGACCUAGAUGGAGCAUGGUUACACUUCUCAAAGUGUCAACUUCUUACUAACACGGGUCUGCGACAUUGAUACGAUGCAUCUACGAUGUUAGAAGAAUAUCACUACGAUGUUAUCUAACUACGGAGCUAUAUUACAACUCAUGCUGAAAAGACAUCAAGCAGGACGCCCCCUUUCUGCAUGAGGCGAACAGUGUGGGUUGUGAGGAUGUUGCUAAGCAACAUGAUAACUAUGCAAACUAAUUUAAUUGGUAAUUACACACACAAUGGAUCGUAACGAUGACGUUUUAACUGAAAUGUCAGAAAAGAUGAAAUGAAUAUUUACUGCCAACUGCCACGAUGCUAUACGAUGGAACCACGAUGGCUGAUUGUCCACUGUUUAGGCUGAACAAAUGACUGCCUUUGUUAAUAUUCUUAUUGUUUUAUUGACGACAAAUAUGAAAUGUUUUUGUAUCAAAUUUACCUUAACUGUAAAUAAAAUCCGAAUUUUCUAGAUACAUUUACAUAUCAUUAAAUGAAAGGGGUACUAUGUGUACAAUACCGACAGAUUUUAAAAAGGUCGAUUUCUUCCUAGAAAACAUCUAACCCCUUUGCAUUUUCUAGAUGUCAAUAAUAUUUCUAUUUAUUAUGGUCAAUAACCAAUCAUAGAUUUUGUGAUGUAUUAUGGUCUAUUGUUAUUUACUAUUUCAAAAUAAUCAUGACGAUAUUUCAAGACGUUAGAGAUUAAAGUGAAUGAUUUCCUAAUCAAUGUCUGGAGGUUUUUUUAACAAGGUGACCUUGAACAACUAUAUUGUUUCUGUUUACAUGGUAACCAGUUUGUUCGGGUGGAUAAAAUCAUUAUUAUGAAAAGGGAUCUAACCUUUAAAAAUAUAAUUCGAUAGAUCUAUUCGUUAACGUAUUCUUCUUUUUGUACAAAGAAUAAUGUAUUCAACUGAUUGUGAUAUUUUUGUAUUGUUUCCUAUUGACCGUAAUGAAAUAUGAAUUGUGUAAAUAUUCGUUUGGAAAAUCUGUAUUCCAUUUUUUUUUAAUUUAAAUGCACUGUUAGAGUAAGACCCACGAAGGUGGGUCUGUAUUUAUUGAUUGGAAUAGUUAAUUUGGAAAAAUCCUGUUUUUUAUAUGCAUGUAAUAUUGGAUGCAAUUCCAUCGAUUUUACACCCCUCUUCCCUCUCAUACAAUAAUGAGACCAACUCAUGGCCUUUAUAGCGCCAUCUACGAUGCCAAUUAGAGCGUCACUUCCACUUUCUGAUAAAUGGCCAAUUACAUUUUGCCAGAAUGAAGCAUUCAUUACGUUUCGUUGAAAUUUAUCAAUUUAUCUAUUUAUAUUUUCUAAUAACAAAAAACAAACUGUGUAGUGAUCUCUCUUGUUUGUUUUUGUUUUAUAUAUAUUUCAUAGCGGCAUCGUAAUAAUGUGUAUCCGAUAAUGCACUUCUCAUUUCUAUUUUAAACAGUUCAAUCAUUAUUUAUUUCAGAAUUCGCGCAAUCCUUGAUAUUUUCUAGUAGCUCGUUUGAUAUAUGAAUUUAUCAACUCGGGUUGGUAUUUCUACGUGAAAUCAUCAUGAUGCAGCUCGUUACCUAAUAUCACUUCUUAACUUCGCAUUAGAGUCAAUUUCUUCAGUGAUUUCAUUAGCGAUUCGCAGAACAGUUUUCAUAUUCUACCACCCCACCGACAUCCACUCUUUCUCCCGGGUCAUAAUGGCCAUUGUCAUGUUGUAUAAACAUUGUAUUCAAUUUUAAAUGUUAACAAUCAAAUGCAGUUUUAUUUCAAUCGAUCUGGAGAGCGAAAUUUAUAAAAUACUCAUUGCACUUGUUUGAGUUGUUUUUCUCCCCGACAUUGCAACGA